AUGCAAGAAGAACAACUGCGCCCACGAUUUCCCCGACGCAACCACCUACCAGCCCUUAAUGGCCCUGUGGGCCUCGCUGCAAAGAAAGCCCAUGACCUUGGCCGCACACAUAUAGCGGCCACUUCCACUAUUGAGGAGAUCAGAGAUCUCACCAUCGCUGCCAUCAGUGCCCCACCUGACUCGCUGCUCAUGUCCACCUCGAGCGUUUUGGGCACAGGCAACGACUGGGUCUCUGAUGAGUAUGUUCUCGCUGACCUCACUGUACCCCAUGUUGUAUGGCAUGCUACCAUUUUAUCCACCUCCUCCUCUGCCCCGUCCUCCCCUAUUCCUAUGCUGAUCAACUGUGGUUUACCAUCAGUUCUGAUUCGUGAGGACAUCAUUGAACAUUUCCAGCUCCACCGAAUCAAGCUCUCCCAACCCUUCCCUCUUGGCAACACUUGGGGCUCAGGACGAGAGGAUGCACAUGAGUGGGCAAAGUUACAUAUCACUUCUCCUGAUUUUUCUUGGUCUUCCAUCUCCUGUCAAGCCAUCAUCGUUCCUUCUCUCUGUGCCCCUGUAAUUCUGUGUAAUCCUUUCCUGAAAUUCAAUCAUCUUGUACUUGACAUCUCUGCUGGUUCCUUAAUGGAUAAGUGCACUCAAUGCAACAUUCUCAUUGACGUACCUCGGCCACCACUUUCCCCACCCCCAACGUCUCCUGCUGAGCGUCGUCGAGAAGCCAAAGAGAUGCACCACAUACAAGCACAAUUUUUCCUGGGCUAA